AUGGCAGAUUCUCCAAACGGCAAGUCUUUUAUCUUCUGCUUCUCCUUCUUUGUAUCGGUUAGUUUGCUUUUCCUAUCUCCGUGUUACUCGGAUACAUCUCCGGUCGUCGCCGCCUCCGAGUCCGAUCCGAUUCCUUACGAGAACCCAGUUGCUUCUCCGGGAGUCGAAUCCGACAGGCAAAGUGUUUCAUUGCAUAGACUAGAGGAACUCGUUAGGAAUCUUACGGAAGUAGUUGCUAGAUUAGAAGCUAGGUUAUCUGAAACUCCGUUUAAAGAGAUCAUCAGCCGUGACGAGAUCGAAGAAGAAGAGGAAGAAGGGAUUCGAGAGAAAGCCAAGGCGUUCUCCGUGACAAAGUACAGUCCUUUCUGGUCAGAGAGAUUCGAAUUCACAUCCGCCGUGAAACUAAACUCCGACGCCACCUGUAUCAACGUCUUGCCGUUCCGAGAUCACGAAGGUCUAAGCAAGUAUUUCGCAGUCGGGGACUCAAGCGGCAGACUUUACGUCUUCCUCCGAAACGGUGACGUCUUGGUCGAGUUUCACACCACCUGCGAUUCGCCGAUCACGGCGAUGGUCUCUUACAUGUCUGUGUAUAAAAACGAGAGCUUUGUGGUGACCGGCCAUCAAAACGGAGUCGUUUUGUUGCAUAGACUCCGUGAAGAAGAUUCGAAUUCCGCCGCGAUGGAAAACGUCGGCAAGUUCGACGGCACGGAGGACGGUUUGCAAGUGACUCUGCUAGAAGUGCACCAUGUGGGUCGGGUUAGGUAUAUAUUGGCGACGGAUCUAACCGGAAAGCUAACGGUUUUCACCGAGAACAGAACGGUUUACGGCUCUGUAACCCCGUCGAGCAGACCGCUUGUCUUCUUGAAGCAGAGGCUGCUGUUUCUCACCGAGACCGGAGCUGGCUCGUUGGAUUUAAGAAGCAUGAAGAUCAGAGAAUCGGAGUGCGAAGGCUUAAACCAUUCUCUAGCGAGAAGUUACGUUUUCGACGCGACGGAGCGGUCCAAAGCCUACGGAUUCACGUCGGAAGGCGAAGUCAUCCACGUGUUGCUUUUGGGAGACAUCAUGAACUUCAAAUGCAGAGUGAGGUCGAAGAAGAAGUUCCAAAUGGAAGAGCCCGUCGCGUUGCAAGCCAUCAAAGGGUAUCUUCUUGUGAUCAGCCAAGAGAAAGUCUUUGUGUACAACGUGUCGACUCAGCAUUACGUUAGAACCACCGGUCCUCGGCUUCUUUUCCCGGCGGCGUUGGAGGACAUCAGGUCGACGUUCUUGAGCCAACGAGAGUCGUUUAAAACCAAUCACCACCACCGGAGAUUGGAAAAGGUAACACCUUUGAUAGCCAGCGACCGGGAAAAGCUUCUUGUGAUGGGUUUAGGAGACGGUUACAUAGCUACGUACAAGUCAAAGCUUCCGGUUACAAAAGGAGAUUUCAACACAAUGCUUUGGAGCAGUCCUGUCUUCUUCUUCAUUCUGUUUCUGUUCGCCGCGUGGCAUUUCUUUGCUAAGAAGAAAGAGUCUCUCACUGCUUGGGGACCAGACGAUCCUUUCGCCUCCUCCACGACAGUACCUUCUUUCGCUGAGCCGUCUAGGGGAAAUAAUGAUGAUCUCAUGGAUCUUAGAAGAAGAUACGUUUCUCCGUCUCGGUACCCUCCCGGAGCAGCAGCUGGUACUUACAGAUCAGUUGCCUCUAACGACCCGAGGUCCAGAGCUCCGGUUGAUACCAGUACUAACUACAGAACAACCCCACAGGAGAUGAAGUAUCGUGGUGGUGCGUCAGGUCUUGAUUCUGGUGGGUUCGGUCAAAGAAGAGAGAGCUUAUUUGGUAGUAGUAACAAAGCUUUAGACGACGAAAGUUAA